GGUCACGUCUCCCUAUUUGAUAUCUUUCUCCAGAGUUAGGGAGACAAUCCUCCGCAACUCCCGCUCAAAGUCUUUCCCCUCCCCCUUUCCAUUUCACCCUUUCAUUGAAAUUUUUAGCAGAAUAUCAGCCUUAUGAGUCCAAAGGGUAAUUUGCAAUUCUUAAAUUGGCCGCGACUCUACACCUAUCCCUACCUUGAUCAGAAGUUUAUAUUGCCCUACCCGAGAUAUGGCGGAGGACAGCGGCCAGCUAAAAACGCCUAAUGCCCGCAUCCUCAAGAAAUCAACUCCUAGCACCCAAAAUAUGAAGAGCCAAAAGUCAAUCCUAGGCUUCUUUCAGAAAUCUUCACCGUCGACUUCUGCUACCUCCCCUACUCGCCGGAACGAUGCAAGCCAGGAAUCAGUAUCCUCUCCUGCUCAGCGAGCGGCCUCAGACCGGAAAUCCCGCCAGAACCCUGAAUCAAGAUUUAGAACUGAUACGCCAAGAUCAUUGGAUAUUGGAGGGAAUAUGAAUGUCACCACUGGUGGGCAGAACAUCACCCCGGUUCCAAGCAGUGAUGUACCCGGGUAUGAUGAAGAGGAUGCUGGGGUGGAUGUUUCAUCUGUAGUAAAGGAUGGCGAGAAGGCGAAGGUUGGGGAUGAAGGCGCUGAUCGAAGCUCGGUCACACCUACACGUCGGGCGAAGAAAGUUGUUCAGAGCUAUCUAGAAUCAGAUGAGGAGGACGUCUUGCAGAUCCACAGAAAAUCUAACAGAGGAAGGUCCCUUAAAAGGAGAAAAACCGCUGUCUCCUCGAGUGACGAAGAUGAAUUCAAGGAUGACCACGAGUUUUCGGACGAUGACCUGGACGAUUUCGUUGUCCCGGAUGAUUCUGAGGAUGAAGUGAAGCCAUCAAAAAAGCGCAAGCGGCCUUCUAACGUUACUGCCAAAGUAUCUUCCUCGAAAUCAACCCCAGCACAAGACGAUGACCUUGAUCUCGACCUUCAAGAUGCUUGUGCUGGUUCUGCCUUGAAAUGGACUUACGACCCUAACGACACGGAACCGCCAAAACCACGGGCUGCUGUCACAAGGAAUGCUGUACCAGGGGAGAAGAAAAAGGUGAAGGCGCAUAUGAGUGAGCCUGAGCAACGGUAUCCUUGGCUGGCAAAUAUUACGGACAUUGACCGAAAUCCCCCUGGUCAUCCUGACUAUGACCCCCGGACCAUUUACAUCCCUCCUCUGGCGUGGUCGAAGUUCUCACCCUUUGAAAAGCAAUACUGGGAAAUCAAACAAAAAUUCUGGGACACAGUGGUAUUUUUCAAGAAGGGCAAAUUUUACGAACUCUACGAAAAUGAUGCUACUAUUGGACAUCAGCUCUUCGAUCUUAAACUCACAGACCGUGUGAAUAUGCGAAUGGUUGGCGUGCCAGAAAUGAGCUUAGAUCAUUGGGCGAAUCAAUUUGUUGCUAAGGGCUUCAAGAUCGCGCGGGUAGAUCAAAGCGAGAGCGCCCUAGGUAAAGAGAUGCGGGAGAAGCAGGGUAAAACCAAUGGUACGCCAGGGAAGCAAGACAAAAUCAUCAGGCGUGAAUUGGCCUGUGUCCUUACUUCUGGGACCCUUGUGGAUGGGUCAAUGCUUCAAGAUGAUAUGUCAACUUAUUGUGUGGCUAUCAAGGAGGCGUUGGUCAAUGAUCUGCCGGCGUUCGGUAUUGCUUUCGUCGAUACUGCUACCGGCCAGUUUUAUUUAGCAGAGUUUAUUGACGACGUCGAUAUGACGAAGUUUGAGACGUUUGUUGCCCAAACCCGACCCCAAGAAUUACUUCUUGAGAAGUCUGUCAUGUCUACCAAGGCUUUGCGGAUCCUCAAAAAUAACACUGGGCCGACUACCCUCUGGAAUUAUUUAAAGCCCUGCAAAGAGUUCUGGGAAGCCGAUAUUACAGUGCGCGAGCUUGAUGCUAGUAAUUAUUUUGUUUCGGAUGAUGGCGACAACAUCGAAGCCUGGCCAGAAGCAUUACGACACGCACGGGACAAAGAAUUCGUCAUGUCAGCGUUUGGAGCUUUGGUACAAUACUUAAGGAUGCUGAAAAUCGAACGAGAUUUGAUCACAAUCGGAAACUUCACCUGGUAUGAUCCGAUCAAGAAGGCAACCAGUCUGGUGCUGGACGGCCAGACUUUGAUAAACCUCGAAAUAUUCUCCAAUUCAUUUGACGGAGGUCAAGAGGGAACUCUCUUUCAACUCCUCAAUCGGUGCACUACACCUUUCGGAAAAAGAAUGUUCAAACAAUGGGUUUGCCACCCAUUGAUGGAUACCAAGAAGAUAAACGCACGACUUGAUGCUGUUGACGCUUUAAACGCAGACAGGAGCAUCCAAAACCAAUUCUCAUCGCAGUUGACCAAGAUGCCUGAUCUUGAGAGACUCAUUUCUCGGGUCCACGCCAGAAGCUGCAAAGCUCAGGAUUUCCUUCGUGUUCUUGAAGGAUUCGAGCAGAUUGAUUACGCGAUGGGUCUCCUGAAAGAGACUGGACCCGGAGAGGGAGUCAUUGGACAACUAGUCGCUUCAAUGCCCGAUUUGAGUGGUCAUUUGCAGUACUGGAAAACUGCCUUUGAUCGUACCAAAGCUAAAGACUCUGGUAUUCUUGUACCAGAGGCCGGCGUCGAGGAAGAUUUCGAUGCUUCUCAUGACAGAAUCUCUGAAAUAGAAAGUGAUCUCGAUCAACUCCUCAAAAAAGUUAGAAAGCAGCUGGGUUCGAAUGCCAUCGUUUAUCGGGAUAACGGAAAAGAAAUAUAUCAACUCGAAGUGCCAAUCAAAAUCAAAAACGUCCCAAAAAGCUGGGAUCAAAUGUCAGCGACGAAGCAGGCGAAACGCUUCUAUUUCGCUGAGUUACGCAGCCUUAUCCGCGAGCUUCAGGAAGCACAGGAGACUCAUAGCCAGAUCGUCAAGGAGGUUGCAGGUCGGUUCUAUGCUCGAUUCGACGAAAACUACUCGACGUGGCUAGCAGCCGUGAGAGUCAUUGCACAACUUGAUUGUUUGAUUAGUUUAGCGAGAGCAUCCUCAGCUUUGGGAUACCCGAGCUGUCGCCCAGUGUUUGUGGAUGAUGAACGUAGCGUCCUAGAGUUCGAAGAACUUCGACAUCCAUGCAUGCUGCCCAACGUGGGCGACUUUAUCCCCAAUGAUGUAAAGCUGGGAGGAAAUUCUCCAAAUAUCAACCUACUCACUGGUGCUAACGCUGCCGGUAAAUCCACGAUAUUACGCAUGACUUGCACAGCCGUAAUCAUGGCGCAAAUCGGUUGCCACGUUCCCUGCAAAUCCGCCCGCCUAACACCCGUCGACCGUGUCAUGUCCCGUCUCGGUGCCAACGACAAUAUUUUCGCAUCACAGUCAACUUUCUUUGUUGAACUGUCUGAAACCAAGAAGAUCUUGUCGGAAGCCACACCUCGCUCCCUAGUUAUUCUAGACGAACUGGGUCGCGGGACAAGCUCGUAUGACGGCGUGGCGGUGGCCCAAGCUGUUCUUCACCAUGUUGCAACUCACAUUGGAGCGCUGGGCUUUUUCGCGACCCAUUAUCACUCACUCACUGCUGAAUUCGAAGGGCAUCCUGAGAUAGCCCCGCGACGAAUGCGCAUCCAUGUGGAUGACGAAGAGAAGCGUGUUACGUUCCUAUAUAAACUCGAAGAUGGUGUUGCGGAAGGAAGCUUCGGCAUGCACUGUGCUUCCAUGUGCGGCAUUCCGGACAAGGUGGUUGAGCGAGCAGAAGUUGCCGCGAAGCAGUGGGAGCAUACCAGCCGGUUGAAAGAAAGCCUUGAGCGCAGGAAAGGGGGUGGGCUCAUUGGUUUGGGAUGGUGGAGUGAUGUUGCAUGGGUGCUGAAAGAUAAGAGUAAUGUGGAGGCGGGAGACGGUCAAGGUGCUAUAACUGAAAGGGGUAUGGAUGUUCUGCUCAAGGCUAUCAAAAAUUUGUAGCCUCCAGGUGGUCUCUGCACCCCUCUUGAUCAUUUCACUUCUUUUGCGCAAGUAUUUUCUCGAUUGUUUCAAGCUCAUUCCUGAAUAAUUUACCUCCGGGUGGUGGGUAAUAUCUUGACGCUAUCUAUUUUGUCCGUUUCUGGCGUUCCUAGUUUUAUUUUCAUAUUUUAUUAUUAACCCCUCAUUAUACUUCCACCCUAUCUUUAUUCCCUGUGAGCUGCGUACGAUUAUCAUCAUAGACAAACGAUAGAAAUAUUUUUUUUGUUUUAUUCUCAUUGAAUAUUUCAAGUGUUAACUGAGGUUUCUAUCUCGUCGCUUAGUCUUUUUUAUUCCUAAGCACCCUCUGUGCCUUUCCAAGCGGAUGCCUUGUACCCGACGAUGUGUUCCACAUACUCCUCCCCAGCACCGACCCACCCCUUAAUCCCUCCCUCCAAUACCAGACUCUGCAUUCCUCCAGCACUUUCACCCUCUUUCUCCAGGAUAUAAUCUGCAAACCAACCGCUUGUGCGGGUUCCGCGUCCGCGGGAUGAACCUGAAUGAAUCAAUGACAAACUCGAGAAAAAGUGAGAGGCUGGAGUGGAAUGAUAAAUGAUAACAUAUAAAUAGAUAAAAUUAAAAGAAAAAUGCAAGGGCCAUACGAACCGCAAUACCAGAUGACCUUCUUAACACCGGCCUGCUUGAAGAUCGAGUAUACAGUGGGAAUGGACGGGUAGAGGCUUUGGGCAGGGAGGUUUAUGGAUGUGGAUAUUGUGCCGCCCUGAAUAUAUAUAUAUAUACAUAUUCAUGUAUCUGUUAAACUCUUUGUGGUUCAAGUUUGUUGAACAACCCCUUUUCCCUUCUUUUUCCUCCUGUAGAGUCGACCGUAGAUCUCCCCCACUUGAAUAGGAAGGCCUAUAUCAGGCUGGCUGGACCUCGCCUCACUCAAUAGAUCACAUGAAAGACUCAAGUUCAGGAGAGACAUGCGAUCUCUCAUCCUGUCUACAUUGCGAAAAUUCGGUACAUCAAACAUGAACAAAAGAGAAACGACAGUUAAAAUCUACCAAACAUACCUCAUGGUCCGCCCUUCUCACAUCAAUCAGCACAAAGUCUACCAGCGAACUCUUUUUCGAGACAUCCUUCAACCACCCAAGAACUUCUGAGCGUGAAAUGGCUGCAGCUUUGGUCCUUGGUGCUGGGAAUGCUUCAUGCCAGGGGGUUUCUUGCGUUGGCGCUGGAGCUGGAGCUGCUACUGCUCCUGUUGUCAUGGUCGAACGCGGGCAGAUGCGAGAUAUAUAUAUAUUAUUAAGGGAGUGAAGGUUGUUGGGUGGAGUAUUCGAC